AUGGUGGGAGGUGGUACUCAGACAACUGAGGUCAUCUGUAUAGUGAUUGGUGUCGACGAUGUCGGCGACAGAGUCCCCUUAAUAAUAAAAGAGAACUGGGCCGCCCCACUGAUCAAUCUCGAUAAUGCGAUCCCUUAUGUCCCCAAGACAAAGGCCACCCAGUCUGCCAGCCAGUCCAAUGGUCCACCAUUGAGAUUUACUCACUGCAUGACUUCAGCGACUAUGGCCGGACCUGGCGUGUGGCUCCCAGGACCAACAGCUCCUACUCAUCCCACUCCCCUCCAAUCUCAAGACUGCUUCGCGGCAACCUCGCACAGCCUUGCUAGCUGGAAUAACAUUGGGUUCUCAGUGGGUGACCAGGAAUCGCAGAAUGAUUUCGAUUUCGUAUUAGACGAGUUCGGCGCCGAUGGAUCACCACUAGCGGUUUCGAAAGACAUCGACGGUGCUGACUCUACCGUGAUCGGCAGUGGCAUCAACCUCUGUGGAAGUUCGUCUGACUGCGGCUUAGUGUUGACGGCGCAUGGUCCGGGAGGCGCAUCGUCUCAAUCGCCAUGUUCCGCGGUCGGUCUGAACACUGAGGACAGCGGAGACAGUGUAAAUGGUAUUGAUGAAGAGCAAGCGAUUUUGGACCCUGAUGGAUGUGAAAUGGCUAGCAUGAACGACUUUCGUCUCAGUCCUACGACGACGAGCUGCCAGAGUGGCAGCGACCCCACUUCCUCUUCACGUCUUGCGGUGGUCGUACCAGUACGGCGUCGAGCCCCUCACCGGCGAUGCAAGAAGUCUGAAAUCAACUACAUAAGCGACAGCAGCCCUGACAGCCCUCUAGAGUACGUGGAGCCGUAUGCGGCGCGGUGUGACACGUUACAGCGGCCGACAGAACCCAGUCGACCGUGUCUCAGCCCGCUACCGCGCCGCAGCCAGCUCUCAUCGCCCUCCCUCGUAUCCGCUAACGCGACUGGCGGCAUACCAGUGUCUGGAACGUUAAACUUAGAGGUCUGCGGGUCGGAAGUGGUAUAUUGCGUGAGGCUCUAUCAGUCAUCCGGUCUGAAGACAGGACAAAGCGACGCAUCUCAAGACUACUGUGAGGCACGCCGAGCUAGACAACGGUCGCCUGAUCGCUCUACACCAAGACGCGUCAGCCCCAAGAUCCCGUCGGCGCGACACUCGAAGCGCCGCCGAUUUACCCAUGAGGAGGAGCAACUCCUUCGUAGGCUAAAGGAAACGGAGCGUCUGUCAUGGGCGCAAAUUACAGAACAAUUCCCCAGUCGGACCAAGGAGUGCUUACAGGUCCACUAUUGCACCAAGCUCAGGAAGCAGCCCUCCAACAACCGGUACUCAGCCAUGCAAACGCGUACAAAGCGGCAUGUGGCGCAGCGUGAUGGAGCGGGACUGUGGACAGAUAAAUGA